AUGGAAACUUCGGAUUUAGGUCUUGAUCCAAUCGUCCUCAGUGGCUGGCCGUCUUGCAAAGAAUGCAUUUCGUUCUCAAAAGAUGGGGAGCUUGCUGUUGCUACCGGUGAGAUUGUCCACAUUCUGACUCCCAAGCAGAGUUCGAAGUCUGGCGUACAGAAAGAUCCAGGAAUCGUUGGGCUCCGGAAUUGGCACUCAGCUCGAAUCUGUAUCAACGUAUUCACCCAGCGGGAAUGGCCAGAUCAGCAUCCGGCUCCCUCCCGUAGUUUCUCUCUUGGCGAAGAGCAGUCCCUCUCCAUCGUCGUCGGGCUUGCUUGGUCACCACCUGGACUGGGGCCACAUAGGAGAAGCGUGCUCGCUGUGCUGACGAGUAAUCAUGUUCUAAGCAUUUGGGAAUCAAACGGUACGAUCGGAGAGUGGACUAGAGUAGUUCUGGUCAAUCACUCUUUAGGCGACUACCUCGGUUGGGUCGGCGAGGCAGGUGAUAAUCUUCACAGAGAAAAGACGAGAAUUCGAGCGUUUGCAUGGAGUCCACCGUACGAAGUGUCUCGAUCUCCUGGUGGGAGGAGUCUGACAUCAAAAUGGGGCGCAUGCUACCUUGCUAUUGCAACGGAUGAAGAAGCCAUCACCCUCUUGAGAGUGUCAAGGCGCAGAAGAGUGGGCCGAACGGAGUGGGACGUGAAUGCAACUUGUCAUACCAGUCUUCCCAUUGUAUCUACUCUCCGAGAUGGUCCUCAUCAAGGAUCCUUGUUCCAGAAGGCAAUGACGAGUAAAUCUCCGGUGUCAAGACUGUCGUGGUGGGACCCCGAAGACAAAUCUUCUCGGAAUUUUAUCCGAAUCGCUAGACGCGAUAACCAAACCUUCGUAGAGGUUCAAGGGAGCUUAUUUGAAGCAAGCAACGGCUAUGUCAAUUUCUUGGAGCACAAUCUCGCUCUCAAUGCAGUGUAUUGGGAGGACCCAAGGCAACAAAAUGGCUAUCGUGGUCCAAAAAACAAACACAUAAGUGACUAUGAUCAAUCAGGGAAGAAGAAUGGUCAUCAUGAUGCGCAGGUCAAGUACGCUGCUGAUGACGACGAAUUGAAGAAGAUCAUCAUGGCCGCCCUCAAGGAAUUCGACUCAAACCAUGGCCUGGAUGGCAACUCAAUCGUACGGGAAUGGGGUUUUGCCUCUAGCGAUGAUCGUUAUGCAGCCUGCAUUAGCCUUCAUCCUUCUGACAUGGUGGAAUAUAGCACGGCAUCGCUUGAAAAGUGUACCGUCUUAUUUGCUCCCAGAGCUGAGCCCAGAGAAAUUAACGAACCUUUCCGAAUACCUGUAGGCAGUCCCGCGGAUGUGCUAUGUCAAGUGGCUAAUUGGGUCUUCUCUGCUUCGGGGGAUGUCUCACUCACAUUGCCAAUCGAUAGAAAUAUUCUUGGCAUCUUUGCGACUUAUGCAGCUCAAAUCGACAACGAGAUGGUGAGGCACCUUGCCGGAAUGGCUUUCAAUCGGUUACGCGAGACAUCAAAAUCCCAGCUUGAUCUAGACGAGCUGGAGGUCGACGACCCCGUGCCCGCCGAUUUUUUGUCAAGCUCUGACAUGGAGACAUGUCUAAUUUGCGAGGCCCUUAUCCCUUUCGAGGAAAACGAUAUUGGAAGAGCACGUUGUGAGACUGGGCACCCAUACAAUGCAACUUAUCUUUGCUUGCAAUACAAGAACCUGGGAUUUCUAAAUACUGUUCUCGGUGUGAUCGACAAUUUCUAG